GGGGAUUGUAAAUGCCGACGGACCACCUGUGCUGUGAGCGCCUGGUGUGCGCGCUCUGCGCCCAGCUGUUUACAUUUAUAUUAAUGUGACAGCUUAUUCGUGAACAAAUCUGGGACGUAUUGAUAGUUUCCAAAGCAAUUGAGCAUGGGUUCGUUAGGACAACUAGCAGGCCUACGAUGUGGGAAAGCACUGCAGCUCACCCUUGCGGUAAUCAAGCCGGAUGCAAUGGCGCAUCCUCUGAUGAUGGAGGCUCUCCACCAGAAAAUACUGGAACACAAGUUCAGUAUUGUCAAGUCGAAGGACUUAGUGUGGCAAAGACAAGAUUCGGAGAAGUUUUAUGCUGAACAUGAAGGGCGGUUCUUCUAUCAAAGGCUUGUUGAGUUCAUGUCAAGUGGACCAAUGAGGGCUUAUAUCCUGGCCAGGGAGGAUGCAAUUAGCUACUGGCGCGAACUAAUGGGUCCCACCAAAGUGUAUCGGGCGCGCUAUACCUCGCCAGACACCAUCCGAGCCCAGUUUGGACUUACCGACACCAGGAACACCACUCACGGCUCAGACUCCGCAGAAUCCGCCCAGAGGGAGAUCACAUUCUUCUUCCCAGAAUUCCACGCUCAGGAGUGGAUGGAGAGGCUGGAGCCAUCCUUCAGGGCAGGUCAGGUGACGUACGACCAGAAGAAGCAGAUUCAUACCCUAUCAGGACAGAGCUGACCAUACACUUCAUAAUAUGGACCAAAAAUGGACUGACCCCAUAGUGGACAGCCGUCUGUCAAUGUCCCAAAGCACAGCAUCAGCAUAAGAAUCACAACAGGCAUGAACGGACAACAUACCUCAUCUGGACCAUGGUGUGACAGAUUUUGUGUGGUGUUAUGGGUCAUUUUUACUCUUGAAUUAUCACCUCUAUGGUAUGAUGUGUGUCAAAGGCAUGUUCAUUAUUGUCAUUUAUUAUUGUCAUUUUCAGAACACGUAAGCUGAAAAUAUUGUUGCUGUUGUUGGGACUGUUUAAUAUUGAAUGCAUUGCGCUUUUGACAGGAAAUGUGAAUCGCAAAUGUAGGCCGAGAUAAUGUUAUUUUGCACACACUGCAAGGCAUGUUCUAGGUAGAUGAGCAGGUAUACAGACAAACAUCACUGGGAACCAUGUAGGUCAGAACAACACAAACUCAUGUCAGUGAAAAGAUUCUGUGCACAUUAUUUAGAGCAAAUCAGACUGAACAGGAGUUGCGAUCACUUCAUGUUGGAAAUGUCUAACUCCUAUUUGUCAACUUGACUCAUUAAAAGUACAGCUAUAACUUCA